UAUCCUAGUUAUAAAUGUUACAAAGAUAUACAAGAACAAUUUGUUAAAAAAAUAGAAGAAGAUCGUUUAAUGAUUACUAGUGAUGUUUCGAAAUUUGAAAAUAACAACAAUCAUGUUUUUAUUUCAUCAUCUUACAAAUAUAAUGGGAAAGGAACUUGUAAGUAUAUUAGCUACUUGUUAUGUGAGAAAAUACGUGACAAAAUACCUGGGAAAUGUGAUGAAGGCAUAUUUAAUAUGCUCAAAGAAUUUUUAGAAGAAUACAAUGUAUAUAAUAGUUCUAAUAUUUGUAAGAAUAAUUUUAAACCCUUAGAUGAAAAUGAAUUUCUAAAAAUGAAAGCCUUAUAUCAAUUAUAUGAUAGGUAUAUACAGCUAUCACCCAUAUAUGCGCAUAGGCAUGAUAAUUACUGCCAUAACAUGCUUCAUUUAGUUUACUUAUAUAAUACUUUUUUUAUAUAG